AUGUCUUUGGCGCGUUCGGCCAGUGGCCCCGGUGGGCUCACCAUCAACACCAACACCGCAAACCUAUCUACACCUUCCACUCAGCCUGCAGCAGGCGGCAGUCUUUUCGGCGGCGCAACAACCAGCACACCUUUAGCGACUACAUCGACAGCAGCUGCAGGAGGAAGCACAAUGGCUACAGCCGGUGGACUGUUUGGGCAGCCGCCAAAGCCAGCAGGAAGUCUUUUCGGAGGAGCAACGGCGACACCCGCAGCCAGCACUGGGACUGGUAGUCUGUUCGGGCAGCCGCCAAAGCCAGCAGGCAGUCUAUUCGGAGGAGCAACGACGACUCCCGCAGCCAACACUGGAACUGGCGGUCUAUUUGGAGCAGCAUCGACGGCUGCCACGGGCAACACUGGAACUGGCGGUCUGUUCGGAGCAGCAAACCAAACAGCGACACAGCAACCAGCGCAAGCGGCCGCCGGCGGACUCUUUGGUGGUGCAGCUGCCACUACCAACCAGCCCGCACAAGCAACAGGAGGCUUGUUUGGAGGUGCGAAUGCUCAGCAACCAACGCAACAGCAACCGGCGGCGACUGGUGGCUUCUUUGGCGCACCCGCGGCUACCAACAACAACCUCUUUGCCCAAUCCCAGGCAAAGCCCGCAACGGGCGGGCUAUUCCAAACUCAAGCACAGCCCCAGCAGCAAGCACAACAACCAAUCGCGAACCAGUCGACGAAUCAGAUUUCAGCUGUCCAGAUCAACUAUGAUAACAUCCGGCCUCGAACACGAUUCGACGACCUCGCAAAACCAAUUCAGGACGAAAUCGCCCUAAUCGACAAGGGAAUCACAAGGGUCAUUAAGAUGAAGGACGAAAUCGGCGAAUUCAUGCCCCAACACGAACGAGACAUCGAACAGCUCGGCCGCGACGUCAAGUUUGUGGAAUCCAAGUUCCGCACCGUCCAGGUCGCUCUCAACAGCGACAUCCAGGCCGUCAAGGUACUCCAGGACAUGACGAAGAAGAACAUCACCGAUGCGCAGCUCUCCUUCAAGGCCACAGACAACCUCAAACUCCCAGCCCACUACCACCAGACUGGUCUCUUCGCCACCCCUGCAUCCGCCACCUCGGCCAACAGCCCUGCCGCCAACACAGCCGCCGGUGCCUCUGAUACCCACGCCGAUGCCCAGGACCUUAUCACCUACUUCAACCGCAUCUGCGACGACGUGGAGAAGUACAAGCGUCGGAUCGAUGAGUACCGCGCUGAGAUUGAGCGCGACAUGCCCGGCGUCGAGAACGGACUGUACGAGCAGAUCCGGGCCCUGCGGGAUCGCCAGGCCAGCAGCAACGGCGACUCCGGCGUAUCAGACCAGCUCGGCCAGAUCCUUCUGGCGCUACGCGAGAUGGGAACAGCCAUUAUCAACCAGGCUGGGCAGAUUGCCGAUACCAGAGAGAGGCUUUCCAGGCUCCAGGCUGGUAUCUUAGAUUCCGGAGCUUACGGAAUGAGCAUGGCAGUAUAA